UGUCAGCAUCACCAGUACUCCAACAAUGGCUUUUUAAAUCGAAUCGCGCUCCCUUCACAUGCUUGCCUACUGUUGCUCUGCAACUCGUAGUUAGUACCAUGGAAAGUUCGUUUUCGCAAGAGGCGGCGGGGCCCAAAUUAUCAUACUCAGGAUAUGCAAGUUGUGCAACAAGUAUAGCAAGUACACCAGAAAAGGUCGAGCAACUGGGCAAUUCAAGAUCAGAUCAAUGCUAUGCAUGGGCCGACCUCGAACAAUCCCAAACCAUUAAAAACCUUCACAAUCGCCGCGCUCAGGGGUCUGAUGAACUUUGAUAAGAAUGUGGAUCAGACAGCUUUGGAUCGCUUCAAAGAUGUUGUAGAGCGAGUGGAAGGGCCGCUGAUCGAGUGCGUGCGUAUACGAGGUCGAGAAUAUCGUCCAAUGGCAAUACGCCUUACGGUCCUUGGAGGGGAUUAUAUUGACGCAAAACCACGGAUUGUUGUCCUACGUCCAGAAAAGAGUUCUAAACGAGUGAAGAAGUUCUUCCAACAAACUAUGGCCAAAUCGAUAUGUUGUCCCAAUGACUGCUCGCAAACACAAUUCGAUGUCACCGUCAUUGGCCAAACGCUACGAACCCAGAAUACCCAAGCUAUAGCGGGAGUUUACGGCGCGUUGAUGGAUCUUGUUAAUGAUAGAUGGUGGUCUUCUAGCGCCUUAAUCAAGAUUUCGAGACCAGAAGAAACUCGGUAUGGUACCAUAGGGGGUAUCGUAAAGAUUGUGAAGGCUAACGGUGACUUCGUACUGUGUGGCUUUAUAGCUGGCUAUAUUCUUGAUGGAAGUGAUCAUAGCCAGAGCGACCUAGCCGAGAUGAAAUGGUCACCAGACCUAGAUACGUCUUCAGAUGAAGAAAACAGCGCUGAUCAAGAGAUGCCGGAUACAGACUCCUUCCGCUAUACCUCCGGGCUCGCUGAAGAACCGGUCGAUGUUGUCGACCUUGGGCCAUCAUAGUCUAAUGUUUGGAGCAUCUUCACAAGGCCUCGUACGUUCGAGGCACUAAACCGGGAUUGGGCUCUGAUUAAAGACAUGGAUCGGCUCUUCUACAAACGAAAUUAUUUGCGUGGACUCGAUUCUGGCGCUUCCCGCCGGGGCAGGGAUUUCAAGGGGGCUGAUAAAAAGGCCAUAGCUACCAAAGGUCCCUGCAACGUUUUAGUAGUGGUUAGCGGCAAUCCAAGAAAGGCCAUUCUGUCUGGCCUCCCAACCCUUGCUCUGCUACCUUUGGGACUAAAAUUUG